AUGCCGAGACAAGCAGUCGAUCCAGCGAAGCGCGGCCGCCCUGGUGAAGCCCAGCAGCCAGCCGCGGGCGCGAAGCGCAAGGCAACGCAACAGCCGGCACGGAAAAAGUCGGGACCUUUCGAGCUCUCCGACAGCGACGCACCAGCAUCGCGGGGCCGGCGCGAAGAAGCGGACGAUGCAGAGGAGGAAGCAGAAGAAGAAGAGGAGGCUGAGAACGAAGGUCCAGACAAUACGAUACCGCCCGAACUGCUGACGCGGCUGCUGCACGAGUUCUUUGAAAAGGACGACACGAGGCUCAGCAAGGACGCUAACUUGGCGGCGGGGAAGUAUAUGGAUAUCUUUGUGAGGGAGGCGAUUGCGAGGUGUGUGCAUGAGAGGCCUGGCGGCUUUCUUGAGGUUGAGGAUUUGGAAAAGAUUGCACCCCAACUGCUAAUGGACUUCUAG